AUGGCUCCUCCUACUCCUACAAUUCCAACUUCAAAAACUCUUGUUGUCGGUCCUCCAACACUGCUCACAAGAAGAUUAAUGGCUUCCAACUCCAACGGUGACAUGGCCAAGAAGAUAUCCAUCUCCCCUAUUUGCUCCUCCUUCUCUUCCUACGGUGAUCCCUGCCAUGAUCUGUUUUUCCAGGUGACACGACCAGAAACAUGGAGCGAUGAAGAGACGACCCAGCAGCAGCAGCAGCAGCAGAACCAGGCGUCCCUUAACUACCUGAAGACACUGCUGCCGGUGGCCUGGUCCCACAAUCCCCUAACCACCCUCAAGCUUAUCUUCAAUCUCCAUGCUAUUCCUAGCAGCGGAAAAUGUUAUCCAGAAGGCUUCUACACGGCUGUGUUUUGGCUCCACCAGAAGCACCCCAAGACGCUAUUAUGCAACCUCCCCUCCAUUGCUGAUUCGUUCGGGGGUUUGUAUGUCCUUAUCGAGAUUCUCUACCGCCUUCUAGAACAAGACCAAGACGCUGCAGAGAGGCUCCACUGUGACCCGGACUAUCAGUUGUUGCACGACUGGGCAAUGGAUGUCUUCGUGGAGAGGUUGAAGUCUGAUAUUGACAAAAUGAAGCAGCACAAGCUGGAUUUGAAGCCAUCAGAUUAUAUAACUGACGGUGAUGAUGACGACGACGAUGAAGAUGAUAAAGAUGGUACUCUUGAUGCCACCGCUUAUGCUGAUCUUUUUGUUAGCGAGGCUGCAGGGUGUUGCGUUACCAAACAACCCCAGGACUCCCACGCUGCCCGCACCAUUUUUCUGUGUGAAAGCAUUGCGAGGAGGCUUUGCCCACCCAAAUCAGACCAACCAAAUCAAUCUUAUCAAUCAGAAGAGUGGGAGCGGAUUAGGAAUGAGGUUUUGGCGCCCUUGAACAGGUACUGGAAGCGUCAAGGCAUGUUUUUUGGACGACAGCGCUCUGAAGUUAAGAUGUAUUUGGAGGAGGUGAAAAAAGCAGGAGGAAGAGGAGGCAAUUUGAGUGGCCAUGGCAGCAUAAUAAAGCCAGAUGCUAUGCUCCCAAAUGAGAUCAUACGCUAUGUAGUAGAAGAUGGGGAUGUCAGGGAAGGGGCUGAGCUUCAGUGGAAGGCAAUGGUGGAGGAUAUGUACCUAAAGCAGCAGCAGCAGCAAAAGCAGGGGGAGGGUUUGGGAAAAUUUAAAAACUGCUUGGCAGUGUGUCACAUCAGCGAUUACAAUGGCCUAACGCGCUUGGCGGUGAGUUUGGGACUAUUGGUGUCUGAACUCAGUGAAGAGCCGGCAUGGAAAGGAAAGGUGAUCAGUUCCGGUCAAUUGCCGGAUCAGCUGAUGCUGCAUUCAAUACAAGGGGAUGAUCUCAAGUCCAAGUGCGAGUUUAUGAUGAAGAAAUGCAGCAGGAACUUGGUAUCCUUUUUUGAUAAAAGGAAGGUAUUGGAUUUUAUUCUGGAAGUGGCUGUGAAAGAGAACUUGAAGGCAGAGCAGAUGGUUAAGAAGGUGUUUGUGUUUGCUGACUACGGUGGAUAUGUUUGGGGUACAUCAUGGAAGACUCUGUAUGAGGCAAAACGGAGAGAGUUUAAGGAGAAAGGGUACGGGGAUGAUGCAGUGCCACACAUUUUGGUUUGGAAUGUUUCGGACCAGAACAUGCCUUGUAUAGAACAACAUCAUCCAGGGGUGACGCUGUUGAGGGGCGUCUCUGAGAAUUUAGUUAAGUCCUUCUUGGACAACUGUGGAGAAAUUGGGCCGCACCAUCUGAUGGAAGCAGCCAUUGCUGACAAAGCGUAUCAAACUCUCACUGUGGUCGACUGA